CCCGGCAGGCGCGGGGGCAGCGGGCGGGGUCCCCCCGGUCCCCCCGCCCCUCGGCCGGCUGGCAGCGGGAGGAUGAGGAGCGCCGGGAAGGGCUGAGGGUGGCGGAGAGGCUCCUAGGAGAGGGGGGACAUGGCCCCGCUGCUGGCGCUGCUGCUGGCGGCCCUGCUGGGCUCGGGCCGGGCGUGCCCGGAGCCCUGCGCUUGCGUGGACAAGUACGCGCACCAGUUCGCCGACUGCGCCUACAAGGAGCUGCAGGCCGUGCCCGCGGGGCUGCCCUCCAACGUGACCACGCUGAGCCUGUCGGCCAACAAGAUCAGCUCGCUGCCCCGCGGCGCCUUCGCCGAGGUGACCCAGGUGAGCUCGCUGUGGCUGGCGCACAACGAGAUCGCCACCAUCGAGCCCGGCGCGCUGGCCGUGCUGGCGCAGCUCAAGAACCUGGACAUCAGCCACAACCAGAUCGUGGAGUUCCCGUGGCGGGACCUGCGCAACCUGAGCGCGCUGCAGCUGCUCAAGAUGAACAACAACCGCAUGGCGCUGGUGCCGCCCGACGCCUUCCGCACGCUCAAGGACCUGCGCUCGCUGCGCAUCAACAACAACCGCUUCGCCACGCUGGCCGAGGGCAUCUUCGACUCGCUGGGCUCGCUGUCGCACCUGCAGAUCUACAACAACCCCUUCGAGUGCUCCUGCGCGCUGCAGUGGCUGAAGCGCUGGAUGGAGAGCACGCUCAUCUCCAUCCCCGAGAAGGACUCCAUCGCCUGCGCGCUGCCCGAGCGCCUCCGCGGCGUGCCGCUGGCCAAGCUGCCCGAGCUGCGCUGCGCCGCGCCCGCCGUCACCAUCGGCUCCUCGGUCGAGCUGGACGCGGCCGGGCUGCCCGACGGGCUCACGCUGAGCCUGCACUGCGCCGCCAGCGGCUCGCCGCCGCCCGAGCUGCGCUGGAAGAUCCGCACGGCCGGCCAGAGCCUGGAGCUGGGCGGGAGCGGCGCGGAGAGCGCGGCCAAGGAGGAGCCGCGGCCCGAGCCCGAGCGCUUCGUGGCCUUCAAGAACGGCACCUUGGUGAUCCCGCAGCUGAGCAAGCGCGAGGAGGGCACCUACACCUGCGUGGCCACCAACGAGGUGGGCAGCAACCACUCCUCGGUAAGCGUGGCGGUGGCGGGCCCGCAGAAAUACCCGCCGGUGCCCGGUGCGGACCCGCUGGGCGGAAAGGGGCAGGCGGGCGACAAGAAACCCGGCACGGAGGCGGCCAAGAACAGCGUGCUGACCCCGGAGGAGAGGGGCAAAGCGCUGGGCCCCACCCGGCAGAGCCGGCCCGGCUCGGCGGCGGGGCGGGAGCCUGAGGGCCGGGGCCGGGUCCCCCUGGAGCCGCCGGGGCUGGAGAAGAAGUGCGGGGCCUCGGCGGGCGGCUCCAAGUACAUCUCCAACCACGCCUUCAACCAGAGCGGCGACUUCAAGCGGCACAGCUUCGAGCUGGGCGUCAUCGCCCUGGACGUGGCCGAGCGCGACGCCCGAGUGCAGCUGACGCCCACCCAGCCCGGCGGGGGCCACCUGGGCGUGCUGUACCUGUGCCAGCAGGGCCGCCAGGGCCACGCCCUGCUGCAGUGGUCGCAGAUCGAGGCCGGCGUGAACUCGUACUGGUUCCAGGGCCUGAGCCCCGGCACCAACUACUCGGUGUGCCUGAGCUCGCCGGGCGAGGAGUGCCGCGUGCAGGUGGUGUUCACCACCAAGAAGGAGAUCCCGUCGCUCAUCAUCAUCGUAGUGGUCAGCAUCUUCCUGCUGCUGCUGGCCACGCUGCCGCUGCUGGGCGCCACGUGGUGCCACCUGCUCGCCAAGCUGCAGGCCAAGCCCUACAAGCUCAUCAUGAAGGCGCAGAACCCCGACCAGAUGGAGAAGCGCAUGGCCGCCGACUUCGACCCCCGCGCCUCCUACCUGGAGUCCGAGAAGAACUUCGGUGCCGGCGAGGCCGAGGCCGAGGAGGAGGAGGAAGAGGAGGAGGAGGAGGCGGGGGAUGAGGAAGGAGCGCGGUGGCGGCGCGGGAGGGAGGGGGAAGGCGCGGCCGAGCUGGAGCGGGAGGAGAGCGUGGCCGCCAGCUCCAUGGCGGAGUCGCAGUCCAAGGGCGGCGCCGAGGAGUUCGAGGUGCGCUCCGAGUACAGCGACAAGCUGCCGCUGGGCGCCGAGGCCGUCACCAUCUCCCCGGAGAUCAACGGCAACUACCGGCAGCGGCCCCGCUGAGCCCCCCGAACCCCCGGUCCCCGCUCCCACCCCCCGCUCCGCCCGGGGAAAAACCUCCGGGAACGAGCGGAGCCAUCCCCGCCUCUCC